AUGUCGUUGAAGAGCAUAUUGUGGGUUUGAUGAAGAUAUGAGGCAACUGAUAACACAGCUGGUUAAUGUAGAGAAAUGCAGAGUUGUGUCUAUCUGUGGUAUAGGUGGUCUGGGAAAGACUACCAUGGCAAAGGCUGUUUACCAUCAUGGUGAUAUAAGGAGACAUUUUGAAGGGUUUGCUUGGGCAUAUGUGUUUCAGCAGUGCAAAAGAAGAGAUGUUUGGGAGGGGAUUUUGCUGAAACUUAUCACUCCAUCCAGGGAGGAGAGGGAGGAAAUUUUAAGAAUGAGAGAUGAUGAUUUGGCAAAAAAGCUUUAUAAAGUUCAGAAAGAAAAGGAGUGUUUGGUUGUGAUCGAUGAUAUUUGGAGCACUGAGGCAUGGUCUACUCUUAGUGCUGCUUUUCCAAAUGAAACUACUUCUGGUAGCAAAGUACUGCUUACAACACGCAACAAAAAAGUAGCUUUGAUUGCUGACCGAGAGGGAUUUGUUCAUGAACCAAGCUGUUUGAAUGAAGAAAAUAGUUGGGAGUUAUUCCAAAGGAAGGCAUUUCCAAGUAGAGGCGAUUCAGAGCUCAAAAUCAAUGAAGAUAAGGAGAAGCGAGGGAGGGAAAUGGUUGGAUGCUGUGCCAGUUUACCUUUGGCCAUUGUUGUGCUUGGAAGGCUUUUGGCAACAAAAGAAACAUUGAUUGAGUGGGACAUGGUGAACGGAAAUAUCAGGUCAUAUUUGGCCAAAACUAAAGGCCAUGAACAAGCAAGAUUAUCUGAGGUAUUGGCUUUAAGUUACCAUGAAUUGCCUUACCAAUUGAAACCGUGCUUCCUCUAUUUGUGUCAGUUCCCUGAAGAUUUUGAUAUACCAACUAAAAAGUUAGUUCAGCAGUGGGUGGCAGAAGGCUUUGUGUUCUCACAGGAUGAGUUAGAAGGAGAUGAAACAAUGGAGGAUGUUGCAGAAGGCUACCUCCAUGGUUUGAUCAACAGGUGUAUGGUUCAAGUGGGAGUGAGGGGUUCAACUGGAACAAUUAAAACUUGUCGCCUUCAUGACCUUACACAUGAUCUUUGCUUGUCGAAGGCAAGACAAGAAAGUUUCAAUGACAUAAUUGACCACUAGUGUGGGAAUGAGACCCUUGGUGCACUUCCAUCAUCCAUUGGAACAAGAUCAAUUGGAAAGAGUCGCAGGCUUUUGAUUCUUUUGAGGGAAGAUGUUGAUGAUCUUAUUCCACCACAAUACAAGAAAAAUUGUAGCCUGAGGUCCCUCUUCUUCUUCCGUUAAAAAAACACAGAUUAGAUAUUGCACAGAUAAUGAAUUCUGUAGUUUCCAAGUUCAGAUUGCUUAAAGUCUUGGAUCUUGAAGGAAUUAAAGGACCUGAGGUGAA